AUGCCCGAGGAGGCGGCGGACGCGGGGCUCGCCGCGGCAGAGCUCUGCUCCGGCCGGCGAGGGUCGUGGCGGCGGAGGAGGGGGCGAAGGAGGCAGGCGGCGGCGUCGGUGGGAUGGGCCACGGGGGUCGGCGCUGGGCCUGGCGGGCCCGCGCGGUCGGUGGCGAAGUGGGGCUCGCCCGCAGGACACAUGGCGGCUGCUGAUUCGUCCGGCGGACAUUUUUGGUUUCCCUCCCCUCUCUCGGCGCGCGCGCUAUCCCCUCGUGGCCUCGACGGGGGCGGGGCGGGGCGGCUACAGGAUUCCUUCUUCUUCGGUUGGCGGUUGGCGUGGUGUUGUAGGUCACAACCCUUCCUUCACUGCACUAUGGAUACACAUGCAUAUACUUCUGCGCCGGAGGAAGAACAGGAGGCUUCUCGGAAGUUAAGGUUGCAUGUCAGUGAGAUAGAAGCAGUGCAAAAACAAAAUCAAACUGCUUGAGUUUUGUCAGCUUCGUGGUCAUGGCAGGCGUCGUAGUUGUGAUCUGCUUGUUGCUCCUCUUGUCCCCGAUAACUCUGGGCUACCACUGUCCACACCCAGUCCGAUAGGGGCGUUGCAGCGGCGUCUCGGACAGCCAGGCCUUGGGCGAGGCGGUGCGUGGAUGCGGCGGCGGCUGCGUGGCGAAGGUGGCGGGUGGGCCGAUGCGGCAUGAUGGCGGGGUGGCUGGUGCCGGUUCCGUCAGAUCUGGCGCUUGGAGUCGCGGGCUGUGAGCAGCGAGGACCGCUGUCCUCCGUCGUGGCGGCGAUGGUGUCGGCAUGAUUGAGGCAGCGGUGUGGUGGCGGUCCUUGUACUCUUGUCGCAUGACAACAACGAUCUGCAUGAUCGGUCCUCCUCGAUCUGGCCGUCGACGUGUUUCGGAACUACUGAUGGAGAUCUUGCCCAAGGAUAUCUGGAUCGGAUAGUAUCCGGUCGUGCGCGUCCAUAUUAGCCUACGUGGCUCCAGGAGGGCGCGUCGUGAAGCUCUAUUGUUUGUUGACACCAUGGGACAUGUCGGCAUCUCGAUUUCCAUGGCACAGACAGUGGCGGUGAAAGUCUUGAUGGCUAAGAUCGGAGGAUCAGUAAGGCGGAGGCGGCCUUGUUGGCAAUGGAGUCAGCCAGAUGUUUGAUAACUAACAGUAGCAGCAGUGUCAAGUGGGGGCGGCAGCACAGGAGGAUUUCAUUUUUGGUGGUGCUCCUCAGGCGCCGAGUCAUGACUUUCAGGGUGAAAAUCUAAGGUUUGGCCUUCAUUGCUUGUGCCUGGCAAUUGCCUUGUUGAAGGUAUUGUUUUGAGAGCUCGGUCUUUCUCCAGGUUGAAAACCUAUGUUCUUGGAUCGGGCGACGACAGCUCUUGUGCACUGUUUCCUUCUUGAAGGCGUCGCUUUUGGAGGCCUUUUAUCUUUUCAUGGUGCUGUCUUUGCUGGUGAUUGUAUGUUGAUGCUGAGAGGAGUUGAUCACUUCGGCAAGGCCAUUUUUUCCCUUUCUUUCUUUUUCUUUUUGGGCUGUGUGCAUCCUAAAUGUCUUUGUGACUUGUUGGUGCAGAAGCCGGGUGUAAUUGGUAUCUUCAUGAUAUUAAUAUAUUCCCCUUUUCGAAAAAAAAAGUAACUUGCUCAGAGGCAGAACCUUCCGUGCAUUAGUGUAGUAUCUCUUGGCUCUUGCUCGUGUGGAGAAGCGAUGAUAGGCCCCACCCGUGGCCCUUACAUUCCUCGCGGCUCCUCUUCUCACCACGUAACUGCUAUGGCAAAUGCUUGGCGUCAAUGUUGUUGGUCUUGUUGUCCUCCUGCAUAGUAUGAUAUUGGUACUUUAGUAGUGGUGCAUCUGUGGAAGGUGAUGUCGGGACGAUGCAUCAUCGAUGGGAUAUUGAACCCGUAGAAAGCCCACUUUGUGUAACAGGGGAAGAACACCAUGAGCCUGUAGGCUCUCGGGGUCAUCUGCUCGAUCCGCGCCGCAAUGUCAAUGUGUGGCACGACCUGCAUGGGGUCCUUAGCGAAGCUCCAGGUCACGUCCAUGCUGCGUUCAUCC